GGCAGUGUAGGCUCUGCAGCAGCUGGCUCAUCCUAUCAAUAAGGUUCCCGUUAGUCAAGGUGGAGGAUGGGAGCAGAAUGGAACUGUCCCAGCUCCUCAAUGAGAUCAGGGCAAACUAUGAAAUGCUCAUCACCAGAAAUCAGAUAGAGACCGUCCUCUCAACAAGAACCCAGGUAAAGAGAAAAAGGAGACAAUCUAUGUCUACCAAAUUCAGCCUCAACCUCUUUGAGCUAGAAGAAGGUACAAGUGAAAGAAUGGACAAAGAUGAAGAAGCUUUAAAGGCAGCCAGAGCAGAGCUCAGUGAAGCCAGGCGACAGUGGCAUCGUAUGCAAAUUGAAAUUGAAUCUCUCCAGGCUGUGGAAAGAGGAUUGGAAAGUUGUCUGCAUGCCACUGAGCAGCGGUACCAGAUGCAACUGCAGAAUUUAAAAGCUGAGAUUGAAAGUUUAGAGAAGGAGCUACAGCAAGUGAGGAGAGGUAUUGAGGAACAGCUUCAGGAGCAUGAAAUACUACUGAACACUAAGAUGAGGCUGGAGCAGGAGAUAGCAACGUAUCGCAGUUUGCUGGAGAAAGAGGAAAACAGGUUUCAUUGUUCUACACCUGAUAGAAAAGAUGACAGAAAACCUACCACCAGCAAGACAGCUUUUAUCCCACCUUCAACUGGUGCCGUAAAGAAGCAUGAAUAUGAAAAGGUGGAAAAACUGACAAAGCAAGCAAUCUUAAAUGGAAGCGUUGUGAAGGAAAGUGCUGAAGCUCAUGGCACUAUACAGACAGAAAAAGUGGAUGAAGUUAUUAAAGAAUGGGAAGGAUCUUUCUUUAAGGACAAUCCUCAUUUAAGGAAAAAAUCUGUUUCUUUGCGCUUUGAUCUCCACCUAGCAGCAACAGAUGAUGGAUGUUUACAGACUAAACAGAAUAACCUACCUGACAUUGAAGUCAGGCUGGUAAUGAGGAGGUCUUGCAGUAUUCCAUCUAUCAAACCUUAACCUGCAGCAAACUAACUCAUGGGUCAUUUAUGAUGGGCUUUGGAAAUAAAUAACAUUAGGACAGAUGUAGAUGGACCACAUGGCUUCCCCUCAUCUUGUCACAACUAUGAAAUGUUACUAAGUAUAUGCUUUAAUAAAUAUACGAAUAAUGUGAGAUUGUCUUAAAUGAAAGAGAGCUGGGUAUAGGUGUUAUAUUUCAAGAAACCUAACUCCUAUUAGUUUUUUACUCUUUGUUCAUUAAUUUUCUCAUUUGUUUUUUCCAAAACCUUGCUUUGCUUUGUAGAAUUUCGUCAAAUAUUGAAGAAUUGAACUAUACCUUUAUACCUUUACGUUACUUUUGUAACAAAGAAUCUGUUUUCUCUUUUCAGUUAAUGAAAACUGAACGUUUUAUUUUCUUAUUCUUCAAUAUAACAGUCAUCAUGUAUCCUUGUAUCACUAAAAACACAAAAGUAUCAUACUGGAUGGUACACAUCUAAAACCAUUUUUUUUAACUGACAAAAGGUAAAUGUAUAAAAACUCUUAAAGUAUGUAAACUAUUACAAAUAAAUUUUCCUUGAAAAGGAAAUGGCUAAUUUUUUUUAAUUUGAGAAAGUAACCCAUCUAAAAUAGUGUUUUCUCCGGUGCAUCCAUGCACAUAUUCCUUAAAACCGGUUUUACAAGGAAAUAAUAUUGAGAGAUAUCAUGCCAUUGAUUUUUAAGGAGAAUUCUCCAUUAAAAUCAAUUCAGGGUUUUACUUUAAAACUGAAGGUAUGAUAUAGGCCAUUGAGCUUACUACAUCUAUAGGUUUCCCUCUCUGAGUUCUAGUGAAAUAUAAAGGGUGAAAUCCAGACUGCCCUGUAGUCAAUAGGAGAUUUGCAACUGACUUCACUGAGGCCAGGAUUUCACCUGAUGUGAAAUACAAAAUACUACACCUAGUCCCACAAGCACUCCAUGCAUGACAUUUUAUGACUUCAAUGGAAGUUCCACACACAGAAGUCUUGUAGGAUCAGCUCCAUUGUGUUACUAGAAAGACAAGGUAAGGAACCUGUUUCUAUGCUUAUUUCAUUUAAAUUAAUAUGAUUAAAAACAGAUUUUUUUUCUGCAUAGUAAACUUUCAAAGCUGCAUAAAGUCAAUGUUUAGUUGUAAGUUUUUGAAAGAAAAGACAUAAGUUUUGUUCCGAGUUACGAACAUCCCCCAUUCCUGAGGUGUUCGUAACUCUGAGGUUCUACUGUAUUGGCAUUAAAUAAAUAGAAAAUGAAAAAUCCUAGAACUGCUUCUCCCUCCUGAUUAAUAUAUCUGUAUUAUCGUCUGAGCAAUAAGUAAAAUAGCUCCUUGAAGCUGUUAAAAAUUUAGCCAUCCCACAAUUUUGAAAACAGUUAUUUCCAUACAUUUCCAGUUGUUACAGUAAGUGUUUAAAGUAAUUUGUAUAAAAUCCUCUUUAAAAAGUAAUUUAUGCUAUUGUUUUACAGUAUAUGGCACAUCAUUAUUAUGCCUGGGCUUAUUUACUGUAUAUUUAAUUAAAUUAACCAAAUAAGGACUACAAAUUUAAAUACAAAAUUUUUACUAUAUCUUUUAUGGUAUCUUCCACUGCUAAUUCAAAGCAGUGUGGGUCAACCUCAGCUACAUUAGAUAACUUUCUUUCCACAGGAAAAUAGAAAUACAAACUUAUACAAACAUAUUCUUACUAUACUGUGAAACUAGGUUUAAACAACAUAUAUGUUUAGGUAAGAAUAACAGUUUACUUAUGAAGAAUAUCUAAGGUAUUGACCUUCCAAACUUUAAUUGAAGUUCAUGGGAGCUGCAAGCAUUCAGUAUCUCUGUUUUCUGCUGUUUCCGAUUAGCAUGUCAACAUUUUAUUCAGGUGUCAGCAAUUGCCCUAUUACCUGUGGCAUGCAAAACAGACACUGACACUGCAAAUUUCAUCCAGUAUUUAGUUAACUGCUUCUAAAUUGUAUUAAUGUAAAAACAAUGCAUUUAUACUGUAGGCCAUUGUUCUAUAUCUACUGUUCUAAGCCAACUAAUUAACAUUAACCUUGACAGUCAAAUAUUGAUCUGGUGUUGUUAAUACUUGAGUACUUGGCAUUCCUGAAUGUAACAGCCUGUUCUAGUAAUUCCACUAUGCAGAUUUUUUGUGUUUAUAAUAUAUAUCUUUUACAAUACUUGAAUUUAAACUAAACUGCUUUAAGGCACUUUGAACAGGGAUAUGAAUUUACCAAAGUAAAUGAUACCACUGCAAUAAAGAAUAAUUAAAUUGAA